AUGAGACGAAGGUCCCUUGUGCUUCUGCUCAUCUGGUUCAUCGUUCCGACGACUUCAACGUCAACCUGUGGCGAUGCUUCUCCUGCUGCUUCAGGCCACAAACUGUUGCAGCGUGCCACGCAGCUAGGUGUUGAAGCUUCCAGUUCUCCCUCGGUGAUCUCCCUUGGUGGUCCGGGCUGCCCUUGCAUUGGCCUGGACCAACUAAGCGGGACGGUGAAGUCUCCAAGCAAGAAUUCGACCUCGGAGGCAUACCCAGCUAGCAUCGGCGCCCACUGUGACAUCUGGGACAAGUCUUGCAGGUCGAAGUCAGAUGCAUCCUGCUGGACGGCACAGGAAUCGUGGUGCUUCGUGGAUCCAUGCAACUGCAACGCGUCGUCACGACAACAUCCGAAGUGGCAGGGGCUCCUCUGGCAAGGUCACCCCGUGUACGCCUCUGCCGCAACCUGCACCUCGAACCAAAGCGUCAAGGAAGGUGGGCCUUUGCUUUCGGCUUGCAACGCGAACCAAUUCCAGAAGGACUUGAUGGGCAAUGCGAAAUGCAAGUGCAUUGGAAUCGCUGGGCUUAGCGGAGAUCUCCGGGUCAAUAUCUCAAAUCAGCAGUUUCGCUUCCCGGCCGAUCUGGGCUCCAGUUGCCAAAGCUGGGACGACGGGCGGCAUCCAGACUGUCAGAAACCAGAACAGCCCGGCUGGUGCCAUCGGCAGUGGUGCUACGUGGACCCCUGCACAUGCAACAUCGAAGAGCUCCCAAAAGUGUCGACUUACUUCCCGAGGGCGAAUUACCGCAAGAAAGCCUUGUACUACUCCUACGAGGCCUGCCACUCCUUCGACACAUUCACCUACGACUCGCACUCUGCCUGUGUGAACCAGGAGACAGAGGCAAAGUGCUUGGCACUGGGCGGUGACCCCGAUGACCCAAAGAUUCGCAAGUGUGCGUGGGGUGGUCCAGAGAUCAAAUGUUUGGGCAAAGAGCUACUGCACGUUUGCCAGGUGAGCGAUGAGACACUGAGCGACUGGUCCUGGUGGUUGUUCAACCGUGAAUCAUCGGACGAUGCCAGGACAAGUCUGAGUCCGGUGUUCAUGAUCAUGUUGUGGAAGCAUCGUCUCUUGUGGAGUCCCUCGACAGAAGAACUUGGCCCCUGA